UGAUAGCCGAGCUUGUUCAAGGAAACCGUGUUUUUGGAACAGUGACUCAUUUCGGUAGUCAAGAAGAGGAAUUGGGUUGGGAACGUGGAGAAAUUCAACAUGCCUUUGGCGUAUUUAGCCGACCCUUGGCAGAAAAUGAAAAUACACGAAGAGACGGAGGUUGCAGAUGAAGAAAUGACUGAUGAAAAUAAAAAUGGACCUUUUGAGGAAACAUCUUCGCUUAUCGAUGUUGCCGAAGAAUUUGUGAAUUCGAAGGCAUGCCAGAAAGCCGACCCUUCGCAAUUCGAACUGCUGAAAGUUCUCGGACAGGGAUCCUUUGGCAAGGUAUUUUUAGUGCGCAAGUUGACGGACGCCGAUGCGGGAAAUCUUUAUGCAAUGAAAGUUUUGAAGAAAGCAACUCUUAAAGUUCGUGAUCGUCUGAGAACGAAGAAAGAAAGAGACAUCCUGGUAGAUGUUCAGCAUCCGUUCAUUGUUAAACUUCACUAUGCUUUCCAAACAGAAGGAAAAGUUUAUUUGAUUCUUGAUUUUCUAAGAGGAGGGGAUUUAUUUACAAGGUUAUCAAAAGAGAUUAUGUUUACAGAAGAGGAUGUGAAAUUCUACUUGGCGGAGUUAGCUUUAGCUUUGGACCAUCUUCACAAGAUUGGAAUUAUUUAUAGAGAUCUAAAACCUGAGAACAUUCUGCUAGAUGCUAGUGGCCAUGUCACACUAACAGACUUUGGUCUUUCAAAAGAAUCUGAAUAUGAUCAGAAAACAUACUCAUUCUGUGGAACAGUGGAGUACAUGGCUCCAGAGGUGGUAAACAGAAGAGGUCAUACACAGGCUGCAGACUGGUGGUCUUAUGGUGUCCUGAUGUACGAGAUGUUGACAGGUGCUCUCCCAUUUCAAGGGAAAGACAGGAAAGAUACAAUGAAUAUGAUUUUAAAGGCCAAACUUGGUAUGCCUCAGUUCUUAUCCCCGGAUGCUCAAAGUCUUUUGAGAAUGCUGUUCAAAAGGAAUCCAGCAAACAGAUUAGGUGUUGGUGAGAAUGGCAUUGAAGAUAUCAAGGCACAUUCCUUCUUUUCAUCCAUAGAAUGGGAGAAAUUAUACAAAAAAGAGCUGAGGCCCCCAUUCAAGCCUGCAGCUGGGAGAGCAGAUGAUGCAUUCUAUUUUGAUCCUGAGUUUACCUCCAAGACACCACAAGAUUCCCCAGCUGUUCCUCCAAGUGCCACAUGUCAUCAGCUCUUUAGAGGGUUUAGUUUUGUGGAUCCAUCACUUGUACAAGAGGAAUCUGAUCAAACAACAUCCAAUGGACCUGAAAAAAUGGAAACUGACCAUAGACCUUUGCAUAACAUCUUCCAGAUAAGAACAACAUCCAUUCUUGAAGAAUAUGAUAUUAAACAGGAAAUUGGAAGAGGAUCAUAUUCAGUAUGUAAAAAAUGUAUUCACAAAGCAUCAGGGGGAGAGUGUGCAGUCAAGAUUGUAGAUAAGAGUAAACGAGAUCCUACAGAAGAAAUUGAGAUUCUUUUACGAUAUGGAAGCUAUCCAAAUGUGAUUCACCUCAGAGAUGUGUUUGAAGAUGACAAAAAUGUGUUCAUGGUGAUGGAGCUCAUGAAGGGUGGAGAACUACUGGAUAGAAUAUUGAAACACAAGAGUCUAUCAGAAAGAGAGGCUGCUCUCAUCAUGUACACUCUGGCUAGCACAUUUACUUUCCUUCAUGAAGAAGGGGUUGUACACAGGGAUUUAAAACCAAGCAAUAUCAUGUACGCGGACGACAGCGGCAGCCCCGAGUCUCUGAGGAUAGUUGAUUUUGGGUUUGCUAAACAGAUCCGCGCGUCAAAUGGUCUGCUUAUGACUCCAUGUUAUACGGCAAAUUUCGUGGCUCCAGAGGUGCUCAAGAAACAGGGAUACGAUGCGGCUUGUGACAUCUGGAGCUUGGGCGUUCUUCUUUACACCAUGCUAGCUGGGCAAACACCAUUUGCUGUCGGCCCAGAAGAUUCUGCAUCGGUCAUUUUGUCAAGAAUCGGGGAAGGAAAGUAUUCCCUUGUGGGAGGAGCCUGGGACCAUGUCUCAGAUGUUGCCAAGGAUUUAGUCAGACAGAUGCUUCACGUUAAUCCAAGACUGCGGCUGACAGCAAAACAGGUUCUUCAACACCCAUGGGUGGUAAGUCGUCAUCAACUACCUCAGCACAGGCUUCACCAAGUCAGCAGUGUGUCAAGAAUUAAGGAAGCUGUCAAGGCAACUUUCUCCGCCCUCUCUUCCCCUGACAACAAGCGGCUUAAACCCGUCCAUGCCUCGCUGCUGGCACAGCGAAGAACGAGAAAGAAGUCGCCAAAAUAAACGAUGGGGCGUUUUUUGUACGCACUCAUCCUUUUGUAUUGAUACUUUGGUACGUGUUAUAGAUAAGAACAUUUUUUACGUUCUUGAACAAGUGAGAUAUAGAUAACCCACAAAACCUUCGUUAUCUCCAUCCAUCUGGGUGCAGUGUCCCGUAUGACGAGACCAAGUUGAUGCAACAGUCAUCGCGGGCUCACUUGAUACUCCAUACGGAGUUUUGGUUCAACCCUUUAACUCCCAAGAUCUCAUUAGAAAUUCUCCUUACCAUCUGCCAUAUAAUUCUUGUGAUGUUAGUUCAAAGAAUUUGGUACUGGAUCAACUAAUAAUCCUCUAAUUGAUAUUGUUCUUUAUUCUCAUUGCUUGUCCACUUGACAUCGUAUCGAUAUUGUAAGGAGAAAUUCUGUCUUUGUCACUCGCGGGAGUUAAAGGGUUAUAACGUAUGGUGAUGCUCUCCUCAGGUUGCUUGUCUUCGAGUGGAGAAAACGUUGUUUUGUUGGCUAAGACUGUAAAGUAAAACGAAUUGAUUUUUGUGUGGUACAUAUUUAUAUAGAUUACAGUUAAGCGUAGUUGGUUUAGAAAAUAGAAAACAAUUUCAUUCGGCCAAGACAUGUCACUUAUCAAUUUUUGCCACUAGGGAAUUUUGCUCACUAACGACUUCUAGGCGCAAAAUUCUUAAUUCUUGAAACAAAAAUACUUGUAUUAUGCGACUGAUAAGAAAUUUUCGUAUCAUUGAGAAAAAUUGUUACAAGAAUAUACCACUAAAUUCGUACACUAGAAAGAUUUAUCACGGGGAGGAUCACGAAACACUUGGAUAGAAAAAAAAAUCACAUUUUAAAAAAAAUUUAGUUUCUUUUCUAGCCAAGAGUUAUAAUGGAGAGGGUACAAUUGGUUCAUUUGAUAUUAGGGUAUCGGAAAAAGAGACCGAGAAUGUAGUCAUGUAACAUAAACAAGUAAAAAAGCUUAAUUCAAAAUUUUCCGUCUGAAGGUAAAGGCUGACCAUUUAAAAAUGUUAACCAGUUUAGUUUAGAGUACAAAUAUUCAUUAUUUUUCCCAGAAAGUAGUAAAGUGUGUCAAUUUGAAAGUGAAAAUAUUCAGACCUAUUUUGUACACCACAAGUCAUGAGUAUUUUUCUAUGUUUUCGGGUCAGUUUUCUCACAAACUUUGUAUAAUGUUUGUACACAUUGUAGGUUAAAUUCAACAUGCAUUGGUAAUGUACAUGGGUGUCUUAGGGGUGAAGCUUUUGAAAAAUAAUGGAUAUCACAAUGCAGACAUUAGUUUAAAUAAAAUUAUUGAUUGACUAGAUGGCGUGUGCUCCAUCUCUUUCUUUGAGUAGAAUUUUCGAGCUGUUUUUUGGAGCUUAGAUUAGAAACUCCUGGUUGUUCGUUUUUUUAUGUUUCUCUUGAAACUUUGUUGGGAAUUCACACAUUAUUUUUGAGAACUACUAUAGUGAUGUUGAUGUAAGGAUUAGACGUAAAGGAAUUGAGUUUUUUGCUAUGUCAAUAAAAUUACAUCAAGAUUAAAAAAAAUAAAUUUUAGUUUUGUUCCAAAAGCCUGGCGAAAAUAAGUAGUAAGGUUAAAAUCUAUCAUUUGUGGAAUCUUGUUGUGUACAUCCACAACGCUCCAAUUUUGAAUUAGCUAUCUUUUGUUAACAUGUUAAAGAGUAUAACCUUGAACUGGUUAAGCUGAUGAAUUCAAACUUUGUAAAUAAAAUUAUAUCUUUGUCGUUGUA